AAACAAACAAGUUAAAGACCUUUUGUUUGAGAGAGAGAGAGAAGAGAACAAAAGGGAGUUUCUCAGUUUUGUGACAUUUCUUUCCGAAAAACCCUAAAAAACCAAUUUUUAUUUCGUCUCUUCUUCUCUCCUCAUCUCCACACCUCUCCACUAUACCAGAUCCAUCCAGAUCUGCUUCUACUCCGCCAUUACACCAAGAAAUUGAAAUCAUCUGUAUAGUGCUCUAUAUGAAUUAAGAGAGCAAGAGACACAACCCUUUUUUCUGCUUCCUCUCCCUUCCUCCUACCACCACCUCUAUUUUUAUAUAUAUAAUAUAUAUUUAUAUACAUAGUAUCCACCAUCGUUGUGAUAUCUGAUAUAUUCUGGGGGUGGGGAAUUUUCUUUAUAUUUAUAUCUAUAUAUUCAUAUUUAAAACACAUUUUCGAUUGAGCUGGUUGAAACCUAAUUAUUCAACAAGAGAAGAGUUACUUAGGAGGGAGAGGUAGAGUCACACGGAGAGAAUGUCGAAGAAGAAAGUAUGUGGGAAUACUAUGACCCUCAAGGACUUCCAUGGUGGCUCUAUCCCAACUGAUCUUCCUCUCCCUUCUGCUCCUGGUGUAAUUGUUAGGCCUUCAGAUCGUCCUAGUUAUGAUCGAUCAGCAUCGUGGGGUAACCAAAUGGGACGGUCCGAUCAUCGAAGUUCUCGUCCGCACACUUCUCCAGCGAUGAGGAAUUUUGAUGACAAAUCCCCUUUCCUCACUCAUACUUCGCAUAUCGGCAGGAACUUUGAUGAGGAUGAGCGCAAGCCCCUUGACGGGGUUUCUGCUCCGCGGAGGACUAUUAGUGAUGAAAGCAUUCGAGUGACCCCGAUCCGUACGGAGCAAAAGCAAGAGUCUGCAUCAGUCGGAGGAGGUUCAUGGAGUCGACAGGGAUUGGCUUCAAAUUCACAAGUGCCUAGUGGGACUGUCAAUUCAUAUUCAGGGAGGGUGUCUGAGAUGGCUCACGGAGGUGCGCCUUAUCAGAAUUUAGAUUCCCAUGAUGGGCAUGGUGUUGGUGGCACUCAUCCGAAUGCGUGGGCAGCGAGGAAGGAGGCUGCGGGUGGCACUGAGCGGCAACAAUCUACGUGGUCUGCUCCAGUGGCUGUUUCUAAGUUGGCUCAUGCCAGUGCGCUCGAAAAGAUUUCUUCUGGAAGAUGGCAAUCCAAGCCUUGUACAAAUAAUCAGACAGAUGCGGAGAUUAUGAGAUUGUCUGAAACAGAAAGCGGUUUACACAACAAGGGAUAUGGUAAUAAUGCCUUUAACAAGACAGGCUCAGUUGCUGACAUAGAAAGUUAUGAGACAAACUUAGCCAGGCAUGCUGAGAGGGGACUUCACAUUGAAGAUAAUGUUCAGGGUGGUAGGAAGGAAAGUCCUGAUUAUGAGAGGGCCAGAACUCUUAUUAAUUCUGAAGUAAAGGACAAGAAUCCAUCAGGAUAUCGAGACAGGGGUCAACCAGAUCACACUAGUGGCAGGUUUGGUGGAGCUAAACUGCAGACUCAAAUGCAUUCAGAACCUUCAGAGCGGCCCAAGUUGAAGUUACUUCCGAGAAUGAAGCCACUUGAAACUACAGAGCCUUAUAGUGUUGAUCCUAUUCAGGGCCAUCAACAGGUGACUGAAUAUAUUCAUACUGAUAACUUUAAUGAGCCUCGUGAAAAUUCAAACUCUUUAAAGUCGGGUGUAGCUAGCACUGAGAUUGAGAAGCAGGCCGUAGAGCGCCCAAAGCUGAAUUUACAGCCCCGGUCACAGUCAGUUGAACGAUUGGAAGGAACGGAAAAAGAAAGGAAUUUUUUGUUUGGUGGUGCUCGCCCACGAGAACUAGUUCUGAAGGAGAGAGGGAUUGAUGAUGUUGCAAUUAACCAUGAUCUGAUUCAGCAGUCUGAAAGGGUUGAAGUUCAUGCUCCAAAGGCAGAAAGAAUUUCGGGUAAUGCUAUUGCAUCACGCUACAAUGAAAGAACAACCGAGUCUCCUCCUGUUGUUGAUCAAAGGACUGCAGCAAAGAAAGUAGAUAGAAGGGAGAGGGAUCACCGAGCAGACAUUACGAGAGGUGAUGCUCAGAAAAGGAACUGGCGAAGUGAUAACAACAGCCGUGAGAAUCGGAGGAACAAUAGAGAGAUAGAGAAGCAACCACAACAGCCCGAAAGGGCUCCAUCACCAGAGACCUGGCGCAAGCCUGUUGAGCAGCCGAAAAAAACAACCGCUGCUGACUUGGUCGGAAUGCGAUAUGGGAAAGCAGCUUCAGCCGUUGAGCUUGCUCAAGCAUUCUCGAGAUCAGCCUCCGAGCCAAAUGCAGAUAACCGACAUUCUGGCCAAAGGAGACUGCCUGGCCGCACUCAGAUGCCAUUCUCUCGGUUGAUGAGUGCGACCACACAAUAAAGAAGAAAGAAAAGUUCAAUGGAGUUUCCUUAUUGAAAAUGUUUUAACAUUCAAAUCUUUAAUUUUUGGAAGGGAUGUUGUUCUUAUGUUUACUGAUGAGAUAUCAAAUCGGUUUGUAUUUUUUUCUCAAUUUAUUUCACUAUAAAAGGAAGUAAUCGAGAUUGAUAUUCACUUCAGUGAA